AUGGAGCAAGACGAUGAGGAUGGGGAGGGGGAAGAUGAUGCCGAAGUCCAACAAGAAUGCCUGAAGAAAUUUUCAACCCCAGACUAUAUAAUGGAGCCAUCUAUUUUUAACACGUUAAAGAGGUAUUUCCAAGCAGGAGGAUCUCCAGAGAAUGUUAUUCAGCUCCUCUCAGAAAACUACACGGCAGUGGCACAGACUGUAAAUUUGCUGGCAGAGUGGCUCAUCCAAACAGGUGUUGAGCCAGUGCAAGUUCAGGAGACUGUAGAAAACCAUUUAAAGAGCUUACUUAUCAAGCAUUUUGACCCUCGGAAAGCAGAUUCCAUCUUUACAGAGGAAGGAGAGACUCCAGCCUGGCUUGAGCAAAUGAUAGCACAUACUACAUGGAGAGAUCUCUUUUACAAGUUGGCAGAAGCCCAUCCUGACUGUUUGAUGCUCAAUUUUACUGUGAAGCUUAUAUCUGAUGCUGGAUAUCAAGGGGAGAUAACCAGUGUUUCAACAGCCUGUCAGCAACUAGAAGUAUUUUCUAGAGUCUUGCGAACGUCUCUGGCAACAAUUUUAGAUGGAGGAGAAGAAAACCUUGAAAAAAACCUCCCAGAGUUUGCUAAGAUGGUGUGCCAUGGAGAGCACACAUACCUGUUCGCUCAGUCGAUGAUGUCCAUUUUAGCUCAAGAAGAGCAAGGAGGCUCAGCUGUCAGGAGGAUUGCUCAGGAGGUUCAGCGAUACGCUCAUGAGAAAGGCCACGAUGCCAGUCAGAUCACUUUAGCACUGGGUACUGCAGCCUCCUAUCCUCGAGCAUGUCAGGCUCUUGGUGCCAUGUUGUCCAAAGGAGCUCUGAAUCCAGCAGAUAUCACUGUCCUGUUCAAAAUGUUUACAAGCAUGGAUCCACCUCCAGUAGAACUGAUUCGGGUACCUGCCUUUCUGGACCUUUUCAUGCAGUCAUUGUUUAAGCCAGGUGCUAAGAUCAACCAAGACCACAAACAUAAAUAUAUUCAUAUACUAGCAUAUGCUGCUAGUGUAGUAGAGAUGUGGAAAAAGAACAAGAGAGUCAGCAUAAAUAAGGAUGAACUCAAGUCAACUUCAAAAGCCAUUGAAACUGUUCACAAUCUGUGUUGCAAUGAGAACAAAGGAGCAUCAGAGUUGGUUGCAGAACUGAGCACUCUUUAUCAGUGCAUCAGGUUCCCAGUGGUGGCAAUGGGUGUAUUAAAGUGGGUGGAUUGGACAGUGUCAGAACCACGGUACUUCCAGCUACAGACUGAUCACACUCCAGUUCAUCUGGCAUUACUGGAUGAGAUUAGUACAUGCCAUCAGCUGCUUCAUCCCCAAGUUCUACAACUUCUUGUCAAGCUGUUUGAAACAGAACAUUCACAGCUUGAUGUAAUGGAGCAGCUGGAACUGAAGAAGACUCUCCUGGAUAGGAUGGUGCACCUGCUCAGUCGAGGAUAUGUCCUGCCUGUCGUCAGCUAUAUCCGCAAAUGCCUGGAGAAGCUAGACACAGAUAUCUCUCUGAUCAGAUACUUUGUUACAGAGGUGCUGGAUGUUAUUGCUCCUCCAUAUACCUCAGACUUUGUGCAGCUUUUUCUUCCAAUCUUGGAGAAUGAAAGUAUUGCAGGUACUAUUAAGACAGAAGGUGAACAUGAUCCUGUCACUGAGUUUAUAGCUCAUUGCAAAUCUAACUUUAUUGUGAUGAACUAAGUGGAAAAUAUCAAGAAUGCAGAGCACAUGAACUCUACUUUGCCAUGCCAUCAAUAAGGUUCUGUAACUGAGCAACACAGCA